AUGGCACGCAUGUCGUUUGACCGUCUCCCAACGGAGAUUGUAUCGAUGAUCCUGAUCGAUCUAGACUCUGUCGAUCCCUCUGGUCUGCUGGCCUUUGCUUGCACCAACAAAGCCCAUUUUGCCGCUGCCGUACCGCGCCUCUACAAAACCGUGCGGAUAUGGUUAGAGGAUGAGUCUCCAGCCACCAUCUCCGAAAAGGCCAACCAGCUACUCGAGAACCUCACACGGCGAGAGGUCUCCCAGCAUGUGCGAUUCUUCAUUCUGGAUUCGCAGAAGGCGAUAGGGAACAAAAAAGUAGCACUGACUGCUAAACAUCGCGAACAUGACUCGCUGAGCUCUCAAAUGGUCAACAGAGUUCCUAUAGUCUUUCGUGUCCGGCGGAUUCCAACUGAUAACCCCCAUGCCAACGACGUCUGGAGACCAGUAGCUAAUCUUGUGAGAGCACUACCCGGGUUGGUCGACUUUUUCUAUACGGCUGAAUACCAAUUUGCUCCAUGUCUCCUUGAAGCUAUGCAUGAAUCCACUCCGAAAUGUCGACUAUGGUUGAACACUUUCAAGCUGCAUAGUCUGAGAGAUUCGGAACUAGACCCCCACGAGCUUGCGCUCGUCACAUCUCGUUGUCUACACAGCAUCAAGUAUGAUGGCGAAGAUGACGGAAAUCGAGGACGCGAUGGCCGUCGCCCAUUUAAUGACUGGAAAGGCAUCUAUCAUGUUGUGGCUGAACUGGCCCCAACCUUGCAAAACGCCUAUAUGCGAUGCUAUCUGAAUUCCCAUCGAAUCGUCCUCGCAAACGAGGAGUCCAGAAAUCCUGGCUUUUUGAAUGGGUGGUACAAAAAACCGGCUAAGAAAGGGUCUCUUCAAAGUCUCAAUAUCGGCGACUCAGACUUUAUUGAUGUUAAGCUCGUCACAGAGUGGGAUGCACACACGGACUUUCCAGCUUUGUCCAGCCUCGUCUUGGGCGGGCCCAUCGACGAAGCAGCUCUGAUAUACCUUGCUUCUACUUGCAAGCUCAGCUCACUGAAACAUCUUACAUUGAACCUCAAUCCAUACCCUCGCCAUCUUGAGCCAAAUGUGCGCCGGCGAGAGCUCACGACAGCUCAUCAGAGUGGGAUCCAAUUCCUGUUGAGCCUUCGACCUCUAGCCUCGCUGACCUUGAAGGGCUGGAACAACAGCCACUCAAUAACUCCGGUUCUUUCUCUCCACGGCCGUACCUUGACUCGGCUAGUGAUUGAGCCCUACAAGGAAAAUCCACUCACUGCAUCCGAUAUCACAACCAUGGCACUACUAUGUCCAAGUGUGCAAGAACUUGACAUCACCAUAGCCCGAUCGCAAGGUGAUUCAUUUGAGGUCGAGAAGUAUCGCAGCCUCGGAAAAUUCCGCGCUCUCCGGGAUCUCACACUCAGGUUGGACCUAACGGACAUCAAGCUUUUAUUACCAGAGCUUGAUGAGGACACGCACAAUGGUGUCCCUGUCACGCCAAUUCAACCCUUCUUUGACGAAUUUGAUAUCAAGCCUUGCGAGAUAUCCCCUGGCCCGAACGGAUCCGUGUGCAACAGGCUCUCGUUUCGCAAUGGCGAUAUUCGCCAAAUGCUUGUCAAUGCCGCCAUCGACGAGGCCCUAGUAAAGCGGAUCUUUCAAAUUGUGGAGGAAAGCAAGGGGACCAAUUCAUCCGCGCGAUCUCUGCAGUCCCUUGAAGUGAGCCCCUGUGGCAAGACUGAGACUUGGGAUACGCUAGGGUAUAACGGGCAUGUUUUGUUUGAUGGUGUCCCGAUGGCUAUGGAGCGAACGUGGCUUGCUACACGUGCUUUGGGCGUAGGGGUUGGUAUAGAGGUUGUGCAAACAGAUGUCGCCGCGAUGAAGGGGCGGUUGGCGUAUCAGAAGAGUUUUUGGGAAUGGAGAGAUGAUAGGCUUCCUGCAUGGUUAUGGCCAACGUUUCGGCAUCUUUGGCCGACGAAAAAUGGGGUUAGUUGGCAAGAUGAUUGGCAUAGCCUUCCACUAGCGGAAUAA